GGUGAGUCUGCUGAUGAUGGGAGAGUCUUGUGAUGGUGGCGGCGGCGAUGGCGAUCGGCGGCGGCAGAUCGAGCAUCAGUGGUGGAUUUAUGAAGGUGACUGGCGGCAUCUACGGGAGUAGGCCGUCGACACCGGAACUCCGGUACAAUGCACCUAAGGGUAUUCUUGUCAAAGCUUAAAAAAAUUUAUUUGGGGAUUUUAAAAAAUCACUCCUAUUUUUUGCGCUUCAUAGCCCGAAACCCGAAUGCCCCUUGGGCCCUUAUUUUCCGUUAUCGAAUUUGGGUUAUGGAGAAACGAUGCAGAACGGGGCGACCCGUACUGGAAGAGCCGGACUCUUCCGAGGCGCCAGAGAAUCUCCUCGAGUGUGCCCAACUCAUCUUCCCCUACUUGCAACCGGCGGAUCUUGCCUCCGUUUCUUCAACCUGCAGAGCUUGCCGUCGAUUCGCCGACGACAUUACUUCCGUUCGAGUCUCCGAUGCAACCAGAGGCUUUGAGAAUACUGCCAUCCCUUUCAUCAACGCUGUCGACUCCCAACCGUACGCUUACUUCUUAUACACCCCGGUUCAAACACUCCCAGCCGCUGCCAUCUCCGCCGCAGCUCAGCGUUGGGGAGCUCCGGACGAUGGUAGGGGUCAGGUGAGACCUGACCCAUUUUUGUUCAGGGUCGAGGGUGCCCGUGGAUGCGACUGCUCCCGGGGAUGCAGUGAGAGUUCUGGUUGCAGUUGUUGGGACUCGGCCGAGUUUCCUAGUCGGGAAUGUGGUCCUAGCUGUGGCUGCUUAUCAUUGGAGUGCGGGAACCGGUUGACUCAAAAAGGCAUUUCUGUUAGACUGAAAAUCGUGAAGGAUAAGAGAAAAGGUUGGAGCUUGUGCGCAGCUGAUUUGAUUCCGAAAGGAAUGUUCAUCUGCGAGUACGCAGGUAAUUUUUUUUUCACACGCAGUAAUUUUUGCGGAGGAUUUGAAAUGGAGACCUGAAAGGCUGUUGCCUGUUUGGUAGUAGUUAUUUGGCUGGAAUUUGUUGAAUAUGCUAAAUUUGCUGACACAAAAAUCAUAUGGUGAGAUAAAUUUCAACCAAAUAAGUGUCUCUGGGCCAGUUAUUCUGCUAAUAAGUACCGACUAUGAUGCUACCGAACGGGGCCUUAGCUCUUCAUAUCUGGCUAAUGCUUUGAUCUUUCAUAAUUGCACUGGACUGUUUGGCCCUUUUGGAUUGAUGAUUCGAGGUUCAAAAAGUACAAAAGAGUUGCUGAAUAUGAAGUAAUCUAGUUAAAUCCCAAGAUUUGGUUCCUAUCCAAACAUGGCCUCCAGACUCCAGAAAGGUUUUCUCUAUUAGAUGAAAGAAAUUGCAAGUUUUUAAAUUUGGUUCUUGUGACAACACAUUUUUGGGUCUUCCAAGUUCCAAUUUACAAACUUGGGAGCUAAUGCUUAAGAAUCGGUUUCAUAUCCAAAGUUCCGAACAAUACUUCUACUGAGAUAUGACAAUUCAAUGGGGGUGCUCAUCCGUUCAGUUUGAUCAGUUCAGUUUUGAAAAAUGCAAAUCCAAGUCAAACUGAGUAACUUUAGUUGGUUUUGGAUGUCUUUGGCUUGUUCCCGUUUUUCGAUCGAUUGGUGUCAGUUUCUAUCUGUUUUGGCAUGUUUAGGUUGACUUUUGAAUGGUUUCUUAUUUGUACUAGACCAAUUUGGGUUCACAACUUAAUCAAUAUCAUCUUGUUGUACAUUUUGCAUGAAAGGGGAACUUGUGACAACUGAUGUAACAAGAGCUCGCUUCAAACAGUAUGAUGACAUGUCAUCAAGAGCCCAUUUUUCACCUGCCCUUCUGGUUGUGAAGGAGCAUCUUUCUUCUGGAAACACGUGCAUGAGAAUGAACAUUGAUGCCACCAAAAUUGGUAAUAUUGCACGUUUUAUUAACCAUUCCUGCGAUGGAGGGAACCUGUGGACAGAAAUAGUGCGAAGCUCUGGAGCUUUGUUGCCCCGUGUUUGCUUUUUUGCAACGAGGGACAUACAUGAAGAUGAAGAGCUGAAUUUCAGCUAUGGGGAUGCUAGGCUUAAUCCUAAUGGCGCCCAAUGUUUUUGUGGCAGCCCUUCGUGUUUAGGGAUCCUCCCAUCAGAGCAUACAUGAUAACAAACUUUUAUAGAUACAAGGUCGUACUGAAUCAUUUCAUUCAUUUAUCCCUCUUUGCUAAUCUUGAAAGAUUUUAUGGUCCCGAAAUAGGAGGAUGAUAUGCUAAGAUGGGGAUCAGAAUACCUUUCUUGUUCUGCUAUGUAAAUGACAGAUGUCAUUCUGUUUAAUUACUCCCACCCUUCACAUUUAAUUUUACCUAUCAGAUUUUCACAGAAAUGUUG